ACGACUUCAGAUAGGAUAGAUAGAUAUCGGUACGAGUUCGGGUAUCAAACUAUUGUACAGAUCUGAACAGAGGAUACGGGACUGUCGCCGAGCGGGCGACGGUUGUCUUCCCGGGUGAGGGGAAGCUUACCGAAAGGAGGCCAGAUACCGCAAGUACGAAGAUGACUACAAGUACAAGUACAGGUAGGGUUAACCAAUCCUGCCCAGAAUCAAGCGCCAAGCGCCAAACACCCAGCACCAAGCACAGACACCCCUCCCCUCAGGAUGUUCCCCGUUCGGCCCAAAACGCCAACUCCCCACCCUUCACCUCACUCCCCAUUCACAACUCUACAAAACCCCCACAAGUCGACCCCUCUCCUGCCUCCUGCCUCCGCUUCUACCACCCCCUCCCACACACACGCGAGCGCCGUUGCUGCCUUGACCCACUUUUCCAGAGGGGGGAGUGAUGUCCCGCUUCCCAAUUUGAGGCGUCUUGUCGAGCCUGCCGGGCGGGUGCUACCCGAGGGAAGGGAGUGGGAGAUGGAGGUAGAUAAAGGGACGGAGAGGUCCAGAUCUACCUCGCACCACUCAAGUCCUCUACACUCCCUACGUACCUCCCCCAAGCCCUUGAGCGUCACCCCCGGCUUCCGGCCCCCAGGGUGAUCAGGGGAGAUCCUCAGCGUCCUCAGCUCCCUCCACCCUCUGGCCAACACACACACUUCAGCGUCAGAGAGGGAUAACCCGUCAUACGGCGCUCCUGUGGCUGCGGAGCGAGAGGGGAGGGAGAGUGUGAAUUCCCUGAUAUGGGGGAGGAGGGCUAGGGGGAGAAAGAGGCUCGGCGGGUGAAGGGAGAGGUUUAGUGGGGAGAGGAGGAGGUGUAGGGUUUGGAGUGUGGGGUAAUGCGCUAGGAGGGAGAGGAGCGCUGAG